AUGGCGACGUCUGUAGCCGGAGAGGGGCAACAAAGUCUAAAUGGGAUUAUAUCCGACCCUCAGACGAAAAAACUGACCGACCUGCCGACCGAGUUGCUCGAACACAUCCUGUGCUUCCCUGUCCUCAAACAUGGCGACAUUUGUAACGUCUCCUGCUGCUGCAAGCGGCUCCACGACGUCUGCCAUGGAAGAGGGAAGGUCUGGGGACACCAGUAUAAACUCAGAUGGCCAAGACUGCAGAGGUUUUACCGUCAGAAUGAAUGCUGCGACUGGCUCAAAGAAUACAAAACACGCCAUAGAGUGGGAAUACAGAUACGAAGGACGGUGGAAUCAAUCUCAAAGAGAUUCUUCACAGAAGUCAGAUCUGUAACUCAGCCUUGCGUUGGCCAGGUGCUCGGAGACAGCUUUGCAGAGAUUGAGUCACUUGGGAUGCCGGAGCACUUCUGUGAAGACGAGCUCCUCUUCAUACUCAACUCUGAUAAGAGGAAAAGCUUGACCCUGAAGUACUAUGCAAAGAAAAUCCUUUACUUCCUGAGACAACAGAACAUCCUGAGGAGUUUAAAAACCUUCCUGGAGCAGCCGGUGGAGCAGCAGUCAGCUUUAGAGGGUGCUAUACUGGUGGAUCAGUAUUGCAACCCACUGGCUGACGUGACACUGAACAGCAUAUCAGCCCAACUGGACGAGAUCGCAGAGAAAGUGAAGAAGAUGCUGAGAAUCAAGAACCCCUCUCACCCCAGCUUACGUAUCGCUCAAGGUGACUGUUUUGUGGUGGAGGACUUUGAGCUCCAGAGGCAGGUGAUGUGUGCCCUAAACUCUGUCUUGUACGAGCAGCUUCAGUACAAAGGCAACGAAUUCGACUACUACAACCCCCUCAACUCUUACAUCCACCAGGUGCUACUACGCCGUACAGGCAUCCCCAUAAGCCUCUCUGUCCUCUACAUGACAUUAGCACGGAAGCUGGGAGUUCAGGUGGAACCCGUCAACUUUCCUAAUCAUUUCCUGCUGCGCUGGUGCCAAAAACAAAGAGGGAGUGAGGACAUCUACGACUAUGUCUACAUUGAUGCCUUUGGUAAAGGCAAACAGCUGACUGCCAAGGAGUGCGAGUACCUCAUCGGCCACCAGGUGUCAGCAGAUUACUACAGUGCCAUCAGCACCACAGAGGUGCUGCUCAGGAUGGUGGGAAACCUGCUGAACAUCGGGAAGAGAGGGGAGGGCAAUGAGAAAUCCUACCAGCUGCUGAGAGACUCUCUGGACCUCUACCUCACUAUCAACCCAGAUAAUGUGCAGUACCUGCUGCUGCAGGCACGCCUCUACUUCCACCUGGGCAUCUGGCCAGAGAAGGUGCUAGACAUCCUGCAGCACAUCCAGGCGUUGGAUCCGUCCCAGCACGGGGCGGUGGGUUACCUGGUGCAGCACACGCUGGAGCACAUCCAGCACAAGAAGCAUCCAGUUACACCUGAGGUGAAGAAACGCAGCGUUGCAGAACACCUGGAGGUCCAGUACUCAGUCGGCCUCAUCAUGAAACACAAGAGGUCAGGAUAUAACUGUGUGAUCUACGGCUGGGACCCAAAGUGCACCAUGAGCCAGGAGUGGAUCACCACCAUGAGGGUCCACCAGCUGUCCAACGGGGCGUCCCAGCCUUUCUACAACGUCCUGGUACAGGACGGGACAUGCCGAUACGCUGCACAAGAGAACCUGGAGCCCCACUCGGCCCCCCUGGAGAUCGGCCAUCCAGAGGUGGGACGUUACUUCUCAGAGUUUGCCGACACCAACUACGUUGCCAACGAAGAACUACAGACACGAUACCCAGAGGACAUGGUUGAAACUCUGAGCACCGUGCAGGAGCUCUACCACAGACUGACACCUGGCUCUGGGAACCAGGACCAAGCUCCUGCUACAGACCAAAACAACCUCCAAGCCAUGCCCAUGUAGCGAAGCAGCAGGGUCCAACACUCUGCAGAUGCCUGGUCACCCAUUCUCAGCUCACAAUCCACUUAGCUGUUGGUGUUUUUUUGCACAUCCUCAAAGACCAGGACAUGUUUUAUGGGGAGGUUUUUUUUGUAAAAAGCAAUCAGUAUUUACAGUAUUUUCAGGAACUGAUAUGGUGCAACAUGAAAUGAAGAACCUGGUCUCACAGGAAUCUGUGAAAUACCCACGGAUUCGCUUAACUCAAAAUCCGUGGAAUAGCCACGGAAUCACUCGAAUUUCUGUGAAACUGACA